AUGGGCUGUUUAUUCUCGAAAGAGCGACGAGCCGGCGGUAGCGAGCACGGUGUUCAGGACCGCAUAGAUGUGUCGAGAUUCACGACGCCGCAGCAGCAAACGGUGUUCCAUGUGAAUAAUGGCGGUGGUGGCAAUGAACAGCAGGUGACAGCGGGAAGCGAUGCCGGAAUCGGCAAUCGGCAGCAGGGUAAGCAUCGCGAGAUUCUCGUCGCCUUGUAUCAGUAUGAGUCGCGUGCCGAUGGCGAUCUCAGCUUCCAGAAGGGCGACGCCAUGUAUCUGCUCGACAACAGCAACUGCGACUGGUGGUAUGUUCGACAUCAGCGCACCGGACAAACCGGCUACGUGCCGCGCAACUUUGUCGCCAGACAACAAACGAUCGAGAGCGAAGAAUGGUUCGCCGGCAAAAUUCCGCGUAAUCGCGCCGAACGUCUUGUUUUAUCAUCGAAUUUGCCGAAAGGAACGUUUUUGAUUCGUGAACGCGAAGCAGAUGGAAGAGAAUUUGCGUUGACGAUCCGAGAUUCGGACGACACUCGCGGUGGAGGAGGAUCGGUGAAACAUUAUAAAAUCAAACGACUGGACAAUGAUCAUGGAUUCUUCAUCACCACCCGACGGACUUUCCGCACUCUUCAAGAACUUGUUAGAUAUUACUCAGACAUGGCCGACGGCCUAUGUUGUCAGUUGACAUUCCCGGCGCCUCGUCUUGCCCCGCCGCGUCCAGAUCUUUCACACGAUACUCAACAGAAUUGGGAGAUUCCGCGCAAUCAGCUCCAUUUGAAGCGCAAACUGGGCGAUGGAAACUUUGGAGAGGUUUGGUAUGGAAAAUGGCGAGGAAUUGUCGAGGUUGCCAUCAAGACCAUGAAACCCGGAACAAUGUCGCCAGAAGCAUUCCUACAAGAAGCGCAAAUUAUGAAGCAAUGCGAUCAUCCGAACCUCGUCAAACUCUACGCGGUGUGCACACGCGAAGAGCCAUUCUAUAUCAUUACCGAGUACAUGAGCAAUGGCUCUUUGCUGCAUUACUUGAGGAAUGACGGAAACACGCUUGGAAUCCAAGCACUCGUUGAUAUGGCUGCACAGAUCGCCAAUGGAAUGAUGUACCUUGAAGAGCGAAAAUUGGUGCAUCGCGAUUUGGCGGCGAGAAAUGUGCUCGUCGGAGACAAAAUCUCUGGUGUUCCAGUUGUUAAAGUCGCUGAUUUUGGUCUUGCCAGAAAACUUAUGGAAGAGGAUAUUUAUGAAGCAAGAACGGGUGCCAAAUUUCCAAUUAAGUGGACUGCUCCAGAAGCUGCGACUUGCGGCAACUUCACAGUUAAAAGCGAUGUUUGGUCGUACGGAAUUCUUCUGUACGAAAUUAUGACAAAAGGACAAGUGCCUUAUCCAGGAAUGCAUAAUCGAGAGGUCGUCGAGCAGGUCGAUCUCGGCUACCGUAUGCCGAUGCCACGUGGAUGCCCCGAGCAGAUUUAUGAGGAGGUGAUGCUCAAAUGUUGGGAUAAGAAUCCCGAUCGUCGGCCAACUUUCGACACCCUUUAUCACUUCUUUGAUGAUUAUUUCGUGUCGACGCAGCCGAAUUAUGCGCCGCCUAGCGCUUGA